CGCCUUUCACCCCCUAGCGGACCCUGGACACUGGUGGCCGCUGGUGCCCAGACCACGCGCGCGGAUCGAACAGCGCUCCCCUCUCCUCCCCUCGUCUCUGGGCAGCCGGCUGCACUCCCGCCUCCCUGACCCUGCGGGCUGGACACAGCGGGCAUCGGCUGGACUCUGUUGGCUUGAGGCGGACAGCGUUGCUCCCUCCCAGGCAGAGAGGUCCGGACCAGAGAGAUGCAUCCCCGCUCCCCCCGCGCGCUCUUGCUGCUGCUGCUGCUGGUCGCUGGCCCCGCGCAGCUCAGUGCCCAGCUCAGUGCCCAGAACUGUGUCAGCAGGCAGCAGGUCCUCGCGGCCACCCGCCAGUUGCAGCAGCUGCUGAAGGCCCAAGAGACGCGCUUCGCUGAGGGCCUGCGUGACCUGAGGGGCCGGCUGGCUGCGCUGCAGAGCUCCGCCAGCAGAGUGGGCCCAGACGCUCCCCCAGUGCCCUGCCCUGCGCUGAACGCCCCUCUGGGUGGCAGAAAGUUCGGAAACAAGUACUCAGCGGGUCACGAAGUCCACUUUGCCUGUGACCCCGGGUUCCGGCUGGUCGGGCCCAGCAGCGUGCUGUGCCUCCCCAAUGGCACCUGGACGGGAGAGGGGCCGCACUGCAGAGAUAUCAGCGAGUGUUCCAGCCAGCCCUGUCAGAAUGGUGGGACAUGCGUAGAAGGAGUCAACCAGUACAAAUGCGUUUGUCCCCCAGGAAGGACGGGGAGCCGCUGUCAGCACCAUGCCCAGACUGGAGCCCCUGAGCGUGUGGCUGGUGACCCCGCCUUCAGCCGUGCGCCCCGCUGCGCACAGGUGGAGAGGACCCGGCAGUGCAGCUGUGAGGCUGGUUUCCAGCUGAGCAGCACAGCAGGAGACAGCAUCUGUCAGGAUGUGAAUGAGUGUGAGCUCUACGGGCAAGAGGGGCGGCCCCGGCUCUGCAUGCACGCCUGUGUGAACACACCCGGUUCCUACCGCUGCACCUGCCCCAGCGGGUACCGGACCCUGCCCGAUGGGAAGAGCUGCGAGGAUGUCGACGAGUGUGUGAAUCCACAACACCUAUGUCCCCGGGGAACCCUGUGUGUCAACACCGGCGGAAGCUUCCAGUGCGUCAGCCCCGAGUGCCCCAAGGGCAGUGGCAACGUGAGCUAUGUGAAGACAUCGCCCUUCCAGUGUGAGCGCAGCCCCUGCCCCAUGGACAGUGGGCCCUGCCGCCACCUGCCCAAGACCAUCUCCUUCCACUUCCUGUCCCUGCCCUCCAACCUGACGACACCCAUCACACUGUUCCGCAUGGCCACGGCCUCAGCACCCGGCCGUCCCGGACCCAACAGCUUGCGGUUUGGCAUCGUGGGUGGAAACAGCCGUGGCCACUUCGUGAUGCAGCGUGCAGACCGCCAGACAGGGGAGCUGAUCCUCGUCCAGACCCUGGAGGGGCCUCAGACACUGGAGGUGGAUGUAGAUAUGUCCGAAUACCUGGACCGCUCCUUCCAGGCUAACCAUGUGUCUCAGGUCACCAUCUUUGUGUCCCCAUAUGACUUCUGAGGGGCUUCAGAUGUGCAAGUCUGUGCCUGUCUGCUCCCCAAGAGCUCUGCUGUGGGCACUGGCUGCAACAGACACGUCCUCUCCCUGCCUACCUGCCCAUUCACCCAGGUGUCUGGGGCAGCGCUGCACCUUGGCCCACGGAGUCACACAGAAGGGCAGCCUCCAAACCCAAAUUGCUGCCAUCACUUGUUUCCUGCUUUAAGGCCCUUCCCUUAGACCAGCAGUCCCCAACCUUUCUGGCACCAGGGACCGGUGCUCCUAUGAGAAUCUAACACCUGAUGAUCUGAGGUGGAGCUGAAGCAGUGAUGCUAGCGCUGGGGAGUGGCUGCAAAUACAGAUGAAGCUUUGCUCGCUUGCCCACAGCUUCCUAACAGGACCAGUCUGUGGCUUGGGGGUUGGGUGUACUCUUGCCUUAGAUUAUUCAUUGGCUCUGAAAUUUCUUUCAUGGGGAACAGGCAGCUGCAGGAAGUGACCUGUGACGGCUCUGUGGGUCUGAAGUAGCUGCAGGGGGAGCUUAUAGUGUGAGUCUGAGGUGACUGCCCAUCCUCCCGUGUUGCUGUGGUCGUGAUACGAGUGUUAGAUCGUGCCGUGUGUGUGUGACAUGGGGUGGGUCCUCAGCCACAGCCCCGUGUGCCAUUCAUGUCCAUGUACCGUCUGUGACAUGCCAGGGCCUGGGACCCCUAUGCAGACCACAAGACCAACAUUAAAGAAUAGAUUCUGCCCUAAUUAAUUUCUGCUGAGAAAUCACAGCUCACAAUGCAACCUGGUAUUCUAAUUGAAAAAAUAAAUUUCCUGCUGCUCCCUGGCCUCCUGGCCCGUCCCUGAGCCUGAGCUGGCCCGUUCCUUCCAAUAGGGGACACCUGGCCGAGGCUGAGUUGCCACUGAUUCCAGGCUUACUUCUGAUGGGGAGCCUGGGAGUCACCUUAAAGGGACCAACCAGGCUGGGCAUGUGUCCCUGAGCUGGGGUGGGGGAGCCUGCUCAGGUUAAAACUUAGAAGGCGGCUAAGUUGUGAGGCAGUUUCAGCAUCCAAAUGAGAGCCAGUCUGGGGGAGACGCCACCACAGACUACUGUGCACACUCGUUGUAUUUGCUGGGGUGGGCAAUGGGGCCGCAAUCAGUGUGCUGCCAGCGGGGCAGUCCACCCACAGCAGGGUGUUCUUGGACAAUGGCCUCGUCUUAUUUGUCAGACAGAGCAUGAGGUGCAGUCAGGAGUGGCUUUUGGCGUUUUUCUCCUUCACACAUGGGCUUGGCUGCCAUCUCUGCAACAAGAGAGCCAGGGUCUGCAAAUGCGCUUUCCUGGGUUCUUACAAGACUCUAUUAAAACUGUGCUUCCAGGUGGUGCUGUGAUAGGUCAGGGUCUGUAGCCAUGCAGGCCUCUGUGCAGAGCACCAGCGGAGAGCCAAAGGGCCUGGCCAUGUUCCGGAAAGUAGGGUGUCACAGUGGCAUCCUCCUCCUUCCUGCUGGGGGCAGGGACGGCUCCCAGGGACAUGCCUCUCACCCCCAGCAAGAGGAAAGGCAGUCUCCAGAACAGGUGCCCAAGCCAGCCUGGUGUAUGACAAUGGCCUGGAUGCCCCACAGGCCCAGGCUAAAGCAGUGGUUCACAUUCUGUGCCAUCGCAGCACCUCAUUCGAAGGCCGGCUACUUGGGCCUUUCCUAGGGACUAUGCCCAGGCCCUCCUCUGUGGGCAACGUCCUGCUCUCUGCCCUGUUACCUCACUUUCCUGUGGAAGCCAACUCUCCUUUGUCCUUUCGCAGCCCCUAUCUGUGCCAGAUCAGAGAAGCAAAUGGUGCAGGUGUUCACCUGCACACUUUCCAGGAGAUGUGGGCUCACUGGACUUGGCAGUGAGUCUUUAAAGUGUUUUUUCAUGCACAGUCGCAGACAGACAUGGAGGCAGACAUGCAUGACAGGCCCACGCCCCGCGUGCUGGCCUCAGUGACUGACACCCCCUCCCACCCCGGGGAUCCACGGGGACUUUGCAGCAGAUUCUGGUCGUCACAUCGCUCCAUCUGUAAAUAUCUCGGCUUAUUUCUCUGAACCCUAAGGGCUUUUUAAAAGGACAUCAUUACCAGCCGCACCUAAAAAAGCAGCAGCGAUUCCAUAAUGCCUUCGCAGUCAGCCAUUGUUCCUGCGUCUGAAGGGCUUGGGUCUUCCAUCUGUUGGGCUGAACUAGGCCCAUGCUCUGCAUGCGAUUUGCCGACAUGCCUGUGAGCUGUGGCUGCAACACUCACUUUAUCCCGUGCUGGGAGAGUGGGGAGGCCUGUCAGAAGACAGGGCUGGGUCACUUGUGCCACAGGAUUUCUCAGUCUGGGCUUGCCUGGCUGCAUCCCUGGCAUGUCUUUUAACACAUUGCUCUACCCCCCUCUGUGUUACGUGUCAGCAGUCAUAUCUAGAAAGUCAUCAGGGCCUGUGAGGCUUUUUCACAAGACCACUUUCUUGGUAGUGAUCCUGUUGACCCUUUUUUCCUACAUCAGCAGCCACCGAUGGCUACUGAAAGGUCCCCGACUCCUGCAGGCGCUGCAGGCAACAUUCUAGUGCUGUUAUUUCUUCUGCAUUUAUAAGCUGGCCUGCUCCAUAGAGGAAGCUCCUUCCCUCAGUUACCUGGCCACCUGAGAGUCAGUGUGUAUCGGAAAGACGGGCAAAACUUUGACUCCGUCAGUUUCCAGUGAGGUGCUUUGUUCCCCAAGCACGCGGACAGCGGUGGUUUAAGCACACCUGGUGCACCUUCCCACCCACCAUGACCCAUUUCCCCUCUGGCUCUUGGGGCUGCGUGAUGGCAGGCACUGACUCCCUUUGACAUGACCCUUGGGUCUUUGACAGCUUAGCAGUGGAAGCACAGAUUCAGCGGAUGUUUCAGCCUCAUCUUGGAUGGUUUAUGCUCCUGUCCUGAACCCAUCCGUUUCCCCAGGAGCCCUGGUCCCUGUCAGUGGGGAAUGGGAAUUGUAAAUCAGAACCUCAGCAUGGGGCGCUAUUGGAAGUGAUUUGCUCGCUCUUUCUUGAUUUUAGUGGGCAGAGAUAGGAAAUACAAACUAUCAGAGAAAAGGCACCACGUGAGUUUUAUUGGUACAUCCAGGUCCGCUCAGGGCUAUAGGGUUUAAGAUGACCUCACUGGUCCUACACCUGUUUUCUCACAUUCUGAAAACCUCAAAAUCACCAGAAUAAUCCCACGUUGCCAUAAACCCUCGGAAGAACAAUGCCAGAAUUACCACACAAUCAUCACAGUUAAAGUUCUUCUUUUCCCAUUUGUUUUGUCCUUAGUAAAUCCUAAGGAAAACAAUUUAGUUUCAAAAUAACCUGGAAUGGGUCCUCGCUCUGUGGUUAUUCCCCAAACUGGAAUCAUGGGUAUGCCUAUUCACUUGGUUUUGCUUAAAUUUUGAGAGACUGCUUUUUUCAAUUUUUUUAUAAUUACGUAAACUAUUUACACGGUUCCAAAGUCAGACCCACACAAUGAUUUGUAUGCAGAGAAGUCUGUAUUCCAUAGCCCCUCUACCCUAUUGCUGCCUUCUGCCGUAGAUGAUCAAUUUAUGUUACCCUUCCAUUUAAAAAAAUAUGUUAAGCGAAUGAUAAAUGGCAUACUGUUUCACAUUUUCCUUGAUCUUGCUUUUUUUUUUCCCUCAACAAUAUACUGGACAUCGCUCCAUAGAACGAUCAGAUGUUCUAUAAAAUGCUGUUAUAAGGACAUACAAUUUUUUAUCCGACCAGUCACCCUUGACUGACAUUUGGGUUGUUUCUAAGCUUUUGCUAUUAAAAACAUCGCAGCAAUA